CUACCUCAACUUCAUCGACUUUGAGAAGGCCUUCGACAGCGCCGACCGAGAAGUAAUUCGGAAACUGCUUCAACACUGUUGUGUGCCACUAAUCUUUAUCAACCUCAUUCAACAGCUAUGUGAAGACGCCACAUGCCAAGUGAUCCACAAUGGAAAGCUCAUUGACGCCUUUGAAGUGAAGACAGGAGUGAAACAAGGCUGCCUACUAUCACCCAUGACAUUCUUGAUUGUGUUCGACUGGACUGGAUCAUGCAGCAAACCGUGAGGAGCGAGAAGAUGGACAUACGCUGGCUGGACCGAUGAAAAGACCUCAGAAAAAGAUUUGGAUUCCGCCCUCGAUGAUGAUUUAUGUCCAAUGUCUUGUCGCACAAACUCGAAGAUCUACAGGCGAAGACUAACAAGUUGACCGAAGAGGCAGCGAAGACGGGACUUCAAGUGAAUGCGGAGAAGACAGAGGUGAUGAAGAUACCAAAACAACAACAGCAUCAACAACAAGCACCAAUCACCAUUAACGGGAGAAACCUAAAGGAAGUAGUCUCUUUCACCUACAUACCUAGGCAGCAGUCUUUCAUCUACCUGGGCAGCAUACUUUCAACUGCAGAGGGCGGCACAGACGAGAAUGUCAUGACCAGGAUCGGAAAACCAGCAAGACAGGCUUUCAUCAAUCUGAAAUCAGUGUGGAGAUCUGCUGCACUCAGUAUAAAGCAUGAAUAAGAUCCAGAUUUUCAACACCAACGUCAGUCAAGUCAGUGUUUCUGUAUGGCUCAGAGACUUGGCGUGUCACGAAAAGCACUUCCAACAAGCUACAGACAUUCAUCAAGAGCUGCCUACGCUCGAUACUGAAGAUCAGAUGGAUGGGCAGAGAGAACAAGCAACAAGGACCUC